UACCGAAUCUUAUUGUUAAUUCUUGGAUGGGUGAACAACUUCUGUUCAUUCGUCAUGAUGCACAGUCAGUGUAGGACAUAAUAUUUUGUCCUAGAAAACACUAGUCGCCAUGACUUGGUGUUUCAAACACCUUCGUUCCCUCACCAGGCCAAAUGGGUUAACACGUUCUUUGCAGCUCCGGGAAUAUACUGGAUUACGAAAACUAUUAAAUGCUAUUGAUGUGAUCGACUAAGGCAUUGAGGAGUUUGAACAGCAAGGACAUGGAUGUUUGUCAAGAAGCUCACGGGGUACACAUCGGAAUAUCAUUGGAAAUAAUUUCGUUUGGACAAUUUCAUAACUUUGGAAUAUAAUCUGUGUGUGUUGCUAAAGCUGAGCUGAUCAAAGGAACCACAAGCUGAAGAAGACGAAAAAGAAGAAGACGAAGAAGAAGAUGAAGAAGAAGUAGUAAAAGUAGAAGAAGAUGUAUUGAUUGCCAUCUCAUUUUCUUAGACAGUCAACCAAUCAGAGAGCUUUCUUUAAUUCCACCUGUCGCCGAGGAGAAAUCUCCACUUUCCCUUUUCCUUGAUUUGAGAAGAUCGCUGACAAACCGAAGGCACGGCGCAAAAACGACAGCAGCCAGCUUUUCUAUCGAAUUCAAACUGAAUCAGGCAGUCGGUACAACCAAGAAGACAUCAUGAGUGAGCAACUGGGACUGAUCCAGAACCGCAACCAGAAGUUCAAGGAACUAUUUGAAGGUGGUGAUAUUGAGGCAUUAGGAGACGCCCUCUACGUCCAAGACUGUAAGAUGAUGGUUCCUGGGGAAAAGACGGCAGAGGGAAAAGAAGAUGCGAAGAAACUCCUGACAUCACUGAAGACAGAGGGCGCUGUUGUGGUCAACCUGCAGGCUAUAGAAGUGGGGCCGGUCAAUGGUGGUGACGUGUUGUACGAACGAGGUGAUUAUGACUUCGCAAAGGCCGACAAAACGCCACUCAAAAUGGGCAAAUAUUUGGUGAUUUGGAAACGUAUCGAUGGCGAAUACAAGCGAUACACCGAGAUCCUCAACAGCGGUAAUAACAGUAACGCUUAAAGUCACGAGUGAAAGAAAAAUAACAAGAAACGCCUCUCAUCAGCAAAAAAAGCGACGAUUCAAAGUCUUUUUCGGGAAAGUCUUACAAGAAGUGAUGUAAUGUGUCCAUCAAUGUGUAAUGUGUUUUGAAUGACACUGAAGUUCGGCGUAGUAAUUUUCUUAAUAGCUCAUACAGGCUCCCUGUUCAAAACUCAACGCGUGAUAUCUUAUUGUUCCCAAUAAUUAUAUGUUCCCAAUAAUUAUAUGUAAUUAUGCUCUUUUUUGUAGAACGCAUGCUUUUGCCGUAGAGGGCGCUCAUCAAGUAUGAUGAUGUG